UUUGCACUGUACGAAUCCGUCUUGUCACAACAAAAAUAAAACAGUGAAAGGAUUAAUGAGGGAAAGUAGGAAAUGUUGUGAUCGGUGUGUUGUAUCUUUUGUUUUGUUUUGUCUAUGUUAAGAUUGUGUUUUGUGUGAGUGAAUUUAUAUGUUCGAAAAAUUAAUGCAUUAUUCGGUUUCAUAAUGGCUUUAAUAGUUGAUAAUGUGCCAGACUAUUCAAGUAAAUAAGUUCAACAAGUUCACCGAGAAUAAAACCAAACAUAUCUAAACACCAGUAACCAUACAACUUGUUGUAUGAAGGAACAAGAUUCAAGCUGAGUGUUAAAACUUCCAAGAUGAAUAAAAAGUUGUUCUACGCAAUGUCCCGUCGGAGAGUGUCUUGUCCGCAGAUGACACAGCAACUCUGGGAUGCAAUCAAGACCAUUAAAUAUCAACGACAGGUUGCAGACAUAGACCGAAUUUCCAAGUACAUGAAUAAAGUUCAUAAUGUUGGUCUAGAGGAAGUCACUCGUCAGUUGAACUACUGUGUCAGAGAUGGUUUAUUGCAAAUGACAAAACAUGUCGGUUUUAAGGGAUCCAAAAUUGGUGUUGAGACUGAAAGCUACAAAUUACCUGGUGAUGAGGUGGAGAAGGAUAGCCAUGACUGGUACUGCUUCGAGUGUCACCGAGGUGGAGACGUGAUCUCUUGUAAUACCUGUCACCGGGUGUACCACCUCGCUUGUAUUGCCAAGGAGGAGUUGCCGGAGACGGAUGUCAAGCACAAGUUUGUCUGCAACGUGUGUAAGAUGAUCAACGCCAAAGAGGAUAAUUUUGAGAUCAAGAAAAGUCAACUGAAUAGAUUGCUUAGGCUUACUUUAAAGAGAUUGAAGUUAAGGCUACCGAUGUCUCUCACGGAGCGUCAUGUGCUGUGUAAUGCAUCAGGUACACCAUUUAUAUACGAUAGACAAGGCAGCAUACGCAGGCCAAGUUCUGAACUGCCUAGUGUCAUCAAGUGGGUGAACGAUGACAAAGAUACAUGGCGUCAGAAUUAUUUACUAUACAGACCAAUGGACUUACAAAUGAUGGAAGCAAAGGCUCAGGCGGGAAAAUAUGAGCACCUGGAAGAGUUCAAAGCUGAUGCUCAGACAAUAGUUCACAAUGUUGUCAUAUACCAUGGAGUUCAUAGCACCGUAGCUGAUCAUGCUCGUCUGAUGUUGCGUUAUUGCACAUGUGAUCUACAGGAGAUUCGUCAGUGUCGUGACUGUUACAAGGUCUCGUACGGGAAGAACAACAAGCAUUGGUUCUGCAAACCCUGCCGCCCUCCUCAUAUGUUGGUUUAUGCUAAGCAAAAAGGAUAUCCUUAUUGGCCGGCCAAGGUUAUAAAGAUAAAUGGAGAUCUCUAUGAUGUGCGUUUCUUUGGUGGUCUGCAUCAAAGGGCUGCUGUAGAAAAAGCAUACAUAAGGCCAAUAUCUAUCAACAUUAAUUCUUUACAGGUUAAAAGAACUUCUUCUUGGAACAAAGCCUGUGAAGAACUUAAACGACAUCAAGAUUUAUUAGAAAAAUUAAGAUUGGCAACAAACAACUUCACCACACCUUCUCAAGACAGCUCCAGUGACUCCAGUGACAAUGAGUCUAUUCAAGAUAUAGAAGAUGCCUCACAAGCAGCAGCUGACGAAGCUGCCAAGGAGAGAGAAAGGGUUGUAGAAGAUUCUGAUAUAUCAGAUCUGUCAGAGGAUGAAGAAGAAGCUCCUUUAUUAAAACGACUAAAGCAAGAAUCAGCUGUACAGCAGCCGAAAGAAGAAGAGGUCAUUCCAACAAAAAAGAAAUUAAAGAAAGUUCCUAGCAAGAAUAUUACCUUGCCAUCACUGAGGGGACCAAAAGGUAAAAGGGGGCGUGGAAGACCUCCUGGAUCUACAAAUUCCAAGAAACUAGGGAAAAAUAAAGUGCCACUAAUACAAGAAACCGAUGAAAAAGAUGCCCCACCUUUGAGAAUUAAAGGGAAACGAGGUCGACCACCUGGAUCCAAAAGCAGAGCAUUUAUGUUAAAAGAAAAACUUAUAGAAAUGCAAAGAAAAAUGGAAAAAGAGUUUGAAGAACAGAAAAAGAAAAGGGAUGAAGAAGCCCUUAAAAACAAAUUUAAGGAAGAAAAAUCAGAUGAUUAUGAAAAGGUUGAAUCAGAUUCUUCUCCUGUAGAAGAAAAUGUUGAGAUAUCUUCCACAAGUCUUCCAACUUCAUUGAGUAAGAAAGAAGAAGAAGAAAUAGUAAGUUCAUCUUGUCAAGAACCACAAGUACGCAGUAUUGGAGUACAAACAAAACAACAGCCUGCAGUAGAAAUCAAUAAAUCAACUUCUGAUCAGCUUUCUGAAGAAGAAAUAGCAAAGAUACGAGAAGAAGUCCAUGAAGAGAAAAGCAAGGAGAUAGAAAGGUUGAAAAUAGAACAUGCUGCUGAAAUUGUGGAUCUGCAAGAAAAACAUAAACUUUAUGUGACUGAGAUAAAGAAAAAGCAGUGGUGUUACAACUGCGAGACUGAGGCUAUCUACCACUGUUGCUGGAACACAGCGUACUGCAGCAUAGACUGUCAACAGCUUCACUGGCAGAAAGAGCACAAGAGAGUUUGUCGCCGCAAGCGUUAACAUUAAUGCCUUUUCCUUAAACAAGAUUGAUUGGAUAAGUUUGUCUUUUUAAGUUUUGCCGUCCCUCUAUAAAUAAGACUUUGGUUUUUAGAAAGGAAAUUAUGGGGAUUACAUUUCCAGUGAGUUUAAAAUUCCUAUCUGAAAAUUUAACCAACCUUAUAUAAUUCUUUUACAGUUUACUUUUAUUCAUAUUGCUUUGAUAAUUAUCCCACAUCAUAGGAAACUAUUUAGGGAUAUUUUGUUAUUAAAUAGAUUUUUUACCAAGA